AUGAACUGUACUAAUAACCUUGAUUCCUACACCUGUGUCUGCAAUGCUGGCUAUACUGGUGCUGAUUGUGAGGUGGAUAUUGAUGAGUGCUUGCUAAUGGAGACAGUGUGCAGUGGCCAUGGUAAUUGCUCUCAUGGAACAGCCACCUUCACCUGCUCAUGUGAUCCUGGCUACACUGGACAGAGAUGUGAGACUGACAUUGAUGAUUGUGUGAACGUAAACUGCAGUGGACAAGGCAACUGUACUGACAGAGUUAACGGUUAUGAUUGUGAUUGUUUCCCUGGUUACAUAGAUGCAAUUUGCCAGACUGACAUUGAUGAAUGUGAUGGAAUAAACUGCAGUGGAAAUGGUGGUUGUGUUGACAUGGUGAACAUGUUCCUAUGUGACUGUGAACCUGGCUACACUGGUGCUGAUUGUGAGACCAACAUUGAUGAUUGUGUGAAUAGGAACUGCAGUAGAAAUGGUGUGUGUGUGGAUGGUGUCAACUCGUUCAGUUGUGAGUGUGUGUCUGGCUUCACUGGAGAGAUGUGCAACACCACUUCAGGUAUAAUAAAUUGUUUCAUGCUGUAUAAAUUAUACCUCUUGCAGAGUUGA